AUGAAAGUAUUGCAAGUAUUGUUUUUGUUGACUCUCUACGCUUUAAAUUCGAUUAUUUUAAGAUUUGCACCGAAUUAUAAUUCAUUAUAUCCAUUUAUGGAAGAUGUUUCAGAUUCUAUAUCUUUACUCAAAGUAUCUUUAUCAAAUAAUAUAAACAGAAAACCUAGAUUUAAGCUUAAAAAGAGGAAUACGAUGAUAAAUCAGAGUGAAUCCUCAAAAGCUAUAUUGUGCGAAUUUCAGAGAUUAAACGAAAUAGAUAGUAGUUGUAUUGUAAAAAACUCAGAAUAUGCAGUUGUCAGUUGUAAUUCAAUUCGAGUUUUACUGGAAACAAUGAAAAUUAGUAUUGAGACUUUUCAAAAUUAUUACGGGGACUUACAAACUUCUGUAAUAAAUCCAAAGUGCUUAAUUUUUUUAGAAUCUAUUGGUCGUGAAUGCCUUAAAACUGAAAAUGUAAAAUUCAAAAAGUGUAAAAUGAUCAAUUUACACUUACGUAAAGUUGGAUCGGCUGUAUCAAAUUAUUAUGCGUACCUUGAAAAAUUGGAUGAAUUUCUGAAAGGAGCACUGCAAUUAUUUCAUAGCCUUCAAAAAUAUUAUGCUAACUGUAAUGAAUAUAUUGUUUUUAGAGCAAAGCACUUUGAAGACAGAGUUGAUUUUGUAAGUUUGCAUUCAGAAAGAAUGUCAAAAUUACAUGGUUUCAUUAAUUACGUCCAGAGAAUUAACAAAGUUUAUUGUGAUCCGCAAGCUUUAAUUGAAAUGAAGAAAAGUCUACUUUUAUUCGAAGCAAACACUUCUCAUACCAGUAAAUCUCUCAAUAACUUCGAAGAAGGUGAGAAAACCUGCGGUUCAGUUAAAUCUACAACUAUGACAAAACGUGGCAAAACUUUCACUAAAAAAAACAAAACUCUGUCAUUCAUGAAACAAACUUUGGCUUCUAAAAAUAAGAUGAUUCAAAAAAGUGAAAAUCAAAGUUCGAUGCCAAAAAAGCAUUGA